CGCUGGCGGGGACCGCGCCGCGGGAGGCGCGAGGGCGGUGGCAGCCGUUGGCCGCGGGCGCCCCGCCCGUCAGCGCCGGCCGCGCCAUGUGCCGCCGCCGGGCGCCGGGCCGGGCUGCCAGCAGCCUCCCUCUCUGCCUGCCGCCGCCCACGCACGGAAAAACAAAAUGAAGGAACUAGUGUCAAACAGUACAACCAAUAUAUCUCAAGCCAGGAAAGCUGUGGAGCAAUUAAAAAUGGAGGCAUACAUGGAUAGGAUGAAGGUAUCCAAGGCUGCAGCAGAUUUAUUGGCAUAUUGUGAUGCUCAUAUUGGAGAAGAUCCCCUUAUUAUUCCAGUGCCUGCAUCUGAAAAUCCCUUUAGGGAGAAGAAACUCUUUUGUACUAUCCUUUGAGUCAGUUUUCAAUUAAAAAUGUCUUCUGCUACAAUUUGGUAUCUGUGUUGCAUGCUUUUAAUUUUAGCAUUUUUUUCUUCAGAUAGCAAUACUUAGCCUAUAACUACAGUAUUUUUAGAAGGUAGUGCAUUUUCUGGUAAAGAAAUGAAAAUAAAAAUAAAUCAGAAAAAAUUCACAGUAAUCCUUAUCUUUCAGACCACUGUACAAAUUUAAUUUCAGUUCUUAAUAAAGAUUAUUUUGGUCUUAAUGAAAGUAUUGAGUACAGUAUCAAAUUGUAGAUAUCUUUGCCAGUCAUAGAUUUUUGAGACCUAAACGAGUCAUACCAAUUCUGAAGCUAUUUUUAACAUUCUUAUUUUCACUGGAAGGUGAAUUUAAUUCAUUUGCCUUUACACAUUUAUAUCUAAAGAGAGUUGUAUGACCUUUCCUCAAGUAGCGCUAUUUAGGAAAAAGUGCCAGUGAUUUACGAUGUUUGGAACAAGUAAGUGGUGUUUAUAAAUAUGUUUUGUGAAGACUGUAAUAAACUUGACUACAAAAACAAUCUUAGUAAAGCAACAUUGUAACUACAAGCAAAAUGAAGAUGUAUAGUUACACACCAGGACUGUAUCAAUAAAACUGUAGAAAAAUGU